AGCUCAUCAGACGACUGUGGCCCACAUGAGGGAAUCCAUGAGGGAAAAGAGGGCAAGUACCGCCUGCAGGUGACCCAGUUUGUCCAGCGGUUGGAGUACUGGCACAAAGACUUGACAAACACCUUGGUUACCUCCAUCACAGUUGUUCCUGUGAAUGGCCGUGCGGUGGCAUACCUGGGCACAGCAGACGGACGCCACAUAGAGGUGCUGGUCUCCAGGUUAGCUUCUCCUCAUGUCAACAUCCGCCUUGACUCAAGACCUGUCUCCGCGAGUGUGGCGCUGCUUGAUCCUGACCAAUCAAAUGGAGACCUGCUAAUGGUAACAGGAAACAAGAUCACUAAGAUCCCUUUGAUCGGCCCCGGCUGCAGUCAACUGACCAGCUGCACGUCCUGUUUGCUGUCGUCGAGGGUGACGGAGUGUGGCUGGUGUGAUGGACGCUGCACCAGAGCCAAAGAGUGUCCGCCCCCCUCUGUCUGGACCCUGGACUCCUGCACACCUGCCAUCACUAAGAUUUUUCCGGCCUCUGGACCCAUACGAGGCUCGACAGUGGUGACAAUGUGCGGGCAAAACUUCGGCUUUGACAAGACGGAGAGCUUUAAGACCUCGUUGCUAACAGUGGAGGUGGCAGGGGCUCCCUGCAAACUGACCAGACAAGACAAUGUCAACAGGUGGACUGAGAUCCAGUGUUCCGCAGUGUUCAGUGGGAAUUUCACCCCAUCAGGAAACACAGUGAAGGUUACCAGUGGCAACAAGGUGGCCACGAUGGACGGCUUCACCUUUGUGGACCCUGUGAUCCAUGAAAUAUUCCCCACAUUCGGGCCAAAGUCUGGAAGCACCAUGCUGACCAUCAGAGGAGCAUUCCUUGAUACUGGAAACAAGCGAGACAUCAUGAUAGGGAAAGCAGCUUGUAAGAUCCAGAGCGUGACUUCUACCAUGCUGACCUGUAAGACCCCUCCUCAUGGUGUCCCCUCCAAACAACCCGUGAAGCUGACGGUGGAUUCGGUGGAGCGCCUCGCCCCCAUGCAGUUCACAUACAACCAAGACCCCAUCAUCAACAGCAUCCAGCCCUCGCGCUCCUUCGUCAGCGGAGGCUGCACGGUGUCGGCUCAUGGCUUCUUCCUUCAAUCCGGCCUCCAGCCACAGAUGGUUCUCACAAUCGCUCAGGAUGCUGAGGUGUUUCAUGUG